AUGGCCAAACGAUCGAUUUCCGACACUCUCUCGCUGAAUAACUCUCUCAAGAUCCCACAGCUUGGGUUCGGCGUCUACAGGUCCCCAACCGAUGUGUGUAUCCAAUCAUGCCUGACUGCUCUGGAAUGUGGCUAUCGCCACAUCGAUACCGCACAGUACUACGGCAACGAGAAGGAGGUUGGCUUGGCUGUCAAGAAGUCAGGUCUUGACCGCAAAGAAAUUUAUCUCACUACCAAGAUCCUGAGUCCCGGCGGUUCUGUCGACAAGAGCUACGCGCAGUGCGCAGAGAGCGUCAAGUUGCUCGAUCCAGACACGGGAUACGUGGACCUGUUUCUGGUUCACAGCCCCAAUGGUGGCGCAGCUGCGAGAAAGGAGAUGUGGCAAGCUCUUGAGAGGCUUUACAAAGAGGGAAAGGCCAAGAGUAUUGGCGUGAGCAACUUUGGUAUCAAGCACAUUGAAGAGCUCAAGGAAUAUGCUGAAAUCUGGCCGCCUCAUGCGAACCAGAUCGAGCUUCACCCCUGGAUGCAACAGAAAGAAAUUGUCGAGUACUGCGAAAAGAACGGCAUUGUUGUCGAGGCAUAUUGCCCCCUCGUGCGAAACACCAAGGCCGACGACAAGACCCUCUUGGGCCUCGCUGAGAAGCACAGCGUCACUCCAAGCCAGGUUCUGAUCCGGUUCUGUCUUGAGAAGAAGUGGAUUCCCUUGCCCAAGAGUGACAACCCCGGACGUAUCAAGGCGAAUGCGGACGUGUUUGGUUUUGAUCUUGAUGAUGAGGAUAUGAGUGCUUUGAAUGGGCUUGAUCAGGGACGUGCAGGUGCUAUUGUUCAGCCUGUGGAUAACUAG